AAGACUUGGGGUGACAUCAUCAUUUUAGGUAUUAAGACUUAUGCUUAAGACUUUUUCCAUUUUUCUUCAAAAAUCUCAAGCAAGUCUCAAAUUGAGUCUUGAAAUUUCAAGACUCAACUUAAAACUUGAGAUUGGGACCCACUACUCCCACCUUACUUUUAUUUUUAUUAUCCUUUUUUUUCCUUACAUUUUUCAACAUAUAAUAUGUCAAAUAUUUAAGUCUUAGGGCUAAAGUGAUAAAUUUUCGUAAGUCUUAAUGAGUCUUAACAAGAAUUUGAUAACAUUAUUUUCAAUGAGGACCACAAAAAAUGAUGUCACAUCCAAGUCUUAAGACUUUGGACUAAAAUUGCUCUAAAUACUCCGUAAUAGACUAAUAACUAAUUGUGUGGGUGUGGAUUUCAAAAAAAAUAAAAAAAUAAAAAUUAAUUCAAACACUUGCAUUCAUUUUGAAAUGAGAGAAGCAAAGACUGACCAUCCCCUCCAGCCUUCCGCUCUCCGCUCUCGUAAAAGAACAAAAAUUGACUCGUGAAAUGUGAUGACCAAUCAAAACCCAGGAAUAUGACGAAAGCAGUUAUAAAUUCUCCACGUGGUCAAAUCUGACAACCUCCACCUUCAAUCCAGAGUAUCUCAACCGUCAGAUUAUCUUCUACAUCAAAUAUUUUGAAAAAAAAAGAAAAUAGCGGGAGAAUAUAACUCAUUUCUCUGUUCAAAAAAUUUCAAAUUCAUAAACUUUUUACUCGUACUUCUUUUUCUUUUUUUAUUUUUUUAUUUUUUUAUAAAAUAAAAACCCUUCAAAUUCAAGAUUCAAACUUUUACAAAUUUAAAUCCAGAAUUCGCAGUUUUUGUUCCUCAAAUUUACAAUGAUCGUUAAUACCCACUUCAAAUUACUUCUUUAAAUUUCAAGAAUUUCGUUUUUUUAGUCAAGUUUAUGGAAAAAGAUAUGGAUUUUCAUGGGUUGAAGAGGAAAGAACUUCAAUCAUUGUGCAAGGAACAUGGAAUUCCAGCAAAUUUGAAGAAUGUUGAAAUGGCUGACCGUCUUUCUGCACUUCUUAAGGAGGAAAAACCCACAAAAAGGGGGAGGUCUUGCUUAAAGAAUUUGAGUGUUAUUGACGAAGUUGAUGAGGAAUUGGCUGAUAGUAAAGAACCAAAGAAGGUAAAAUUUAGUCCUCAGAAUGAAACAUUUGUUUUUGAGAAAACUGAUCCUAGAGAACUGAGAUUAUUGGCUAGGAAGAGGAGGGUUUUUCAAAAACCCGAAAUCGAGGAAAACCCGGGUUCAGUAGUUGGGAAUGUGAGUGAAUUGGGAAAUGUUGAUGAUGUGGAGAAACCUGUUGGAAGGAAUUUGAGGAGGAGGUCUGUUGUGGGUAAGCCUGAUGCAGUUUUAGAACCUGAAGUUGUGGAGAAACCUGUUGGAAGGGUUUCAAGGAGGCGGCCUGUUGUGGUGAAACCUGACUUGGUGUUAGAUGCCGGAGUUGUUGAUGGUAAUGUGGAGAAACCGGUUGGAAGGGUUUCGAGGAGUAAGUCUGUUGUGGUGAAAUCUGAUGUGGUUUUAGACACUGGAACUGUUGAUGAUAAUGUUGAGAAACCGGUUGGAAAGGUUUUGAGGAAAAAGUCUGUUGUGCCGAAACCUGAUGUGGUUUUAGAUACUGGAACUGUUGAUGAUAAUGUGGGGAAACCAGUUGGAAGGGUUUCGAGGAGAAAGUCUGUUGUGGUGAAACCUGAUAUGGUUUUAGACAUUGGAACUGUUAAUGAUAAUGUGGAGAAGCCGGUUGGAAGGGUUUCGAGGAGAAAGACUGUUGUGGUGAAACCUGAUGUGGUUUUAGACACUGGAACUUUUGAUGAUAAUGUUGGGAAACCUGUUGAAAGGAUUUCGAGGAGAAAGUCUGUUGCGGUGAAGCCUGCUGCAGUAGUUGAUGACGGGAACAAUUUGGUUGAGAGAGGUCAGGCAAGGAGGUCAGUGAGACAAGUGCAGAAGGUUGAGACUAAAGGUCGGAAAACAGCUUUGAAGGAGCAGAAGAAUGCUGAAGUAUUGGAACAAGCUGUUGCUGAGAAUGUGCAACAAAAGUCUCCUGAGAUGGUGGCAGAUGUCAAGAAAGGCCAGAGGGUAAGGAAGCCAACUGCGACUUUAAAGGCAAAGGGUGACACGGAAGGACUAGUUAUGGAUACAAUCAAAGAAAAUGUUGAGAAUGAUAAGAAUUCAGAAAUUAGAGGUUUGAAGCGGAAAGGUUUGAGAAGAAAGAACGAUAAUGUUGAUAAGGAUGUUGGUUAUAAAGAAAUUAAAGUGGUGAGGAGAUCACGUAGGCAAGCUGGAAUGUCCAAGGUUGAUUCUUCAACUAGUGGCCUAAUGGUAGAAGAUGAAAAAGUGAAUGAAGUGGAAGCUCAAUAUACAAAUGAAUCUGAAGCAACAGGCUGCAGCGCGCCUGCUACUGAUGGGACUGAUUAUGUCCAACACGAGGAGACUAUGCCAGGGAAUUACGCUCAUGUACAAAGCCUUUCAGAAAAUAGGGAGCCAACUAUAGAUGAGUUACGUCAUGCAACUGGUAACACCACUUCUGCAGAGAAGAAAGCAGAAAAUUCCGAGGAAACUACUGGAUUUUCUCCCAAUAGAUCAGAAAAGCUGUAUGUUAAAAAUAAUAUAAUGCAGUUAGAGGACUGCCCAGAAGACACAGACAUCAUAGACAAGGUCCAUGAAGAUGUAGCAAACAACGAAAGUUCAAUGUUUCUAAAUAGUGGCAAAGGCAGAGUUAAAAGUCGAAAGUUAGAGGACUGCCCAGAAGAAACAUACAUCAUAGACAAGGCCCUUGAAAAUGCAGUAGCAGCUGAUCAGAUUCCUGCAAUCGAUGAAAGUUCAAUGUUGCAAAACUUUGAUGAAGGUGGAGUUGAAAGUUCAAAGAUAGAGGACUUCGCAGAAGAAACAUACAUCGUAGACAAGGCCCUUGAAAAUGCAGUAGCAGCUGAUCAGAUUCCUGCAAAUGAUGAAAGUCCAAUGUUGCAAAACUGUGGUGAAGGUGGAGUUGAAAGUUCCAAGACAGAGGAUAUCCCUGAAGAAACAUACAUCAUCGAUAAGGCCCUUGAAAAUGUAGUAGCAGCUGAUCAGACUCCUGCAAAUGAUGAAAGUCCAAUGUUGGCAAACAGUGGCGAAGAUGGAGUUGUAAGUUCAAAGUUAGAUGACUGUCCAGAAGAGACCAACAUCAUGGACAAGGCCCUUGGAAAUGCAGUAGCAGCAGAUCAGACUCCUGCAAACAAUGAAAAUUCAAUAUUGCAAGAUAGCGGCGGUAAUGGAAUUAAAAGUUCUAUGCAAGCUGACAAAGUGAAGGAAAAUUCUUUAAAUAUGAUUUCUGUAGUUGACAAUAACUCUUAUGAAGAAAUUGCAUCUACAAAACCUAGCAAUCUUAAAAGGCAGCUUAGUGGUGAACCUGAUUGUCACAUUGCUGUGGAGCCUAGUUUUCCAAGAGGUAGUGGAGGCAGUGAUACUGAUGGGGUGCAACUCUCGAGCCCCUUUGGUGAAUUAGAAGCUGGAAGGGACAGUAAAAUUUUAGAAAGUAGUGAUGGACUUGAAUGUUUUAAUCAGAAUAGAAAUGAGCAUUUCAUUGAACAGGAAAACGCGUGUGUAGAGUCGCCACCUGAGAUUGAAAAUGCAGUAGAAGAAGAAAUGGUUGAGCAUGCAGCACCGAUUCUGGAGGAACAAGAAAAUGAGUGUGAACACAGUGAAGAGUCCGCGUCUGAGAAAGAAAAUGCAGUAGAAGAUGAAGUGGUUGAUCGUGCUGCAGUGAUUCUGAAGGAGCAGGGAAAUGAGUGUGAAGAGUCUCCAUCUGAGAAUGAAAUUGCAGUAGAAGAUAAAGUGGUAGACAAUGCUGCAGUGAUUUUGAAGGAACAGGAACCCGAGCUUGAAGAGUCCCCAUCUCAGAAUGAAAGUGCAGUAGAUGAAAUGGUUGACUGUGCCACUGUGAUUCUGAAGGAAUCAGAUGUUCAACCAACAGUGCAAGAGGAAGCUGCUAGUUUAUGGAGUUCUUGUGACACGAUUGCCACUAAUGUUGAACAGGUGCCUGAUAUUUAUUUUGACCAGCAGCAAUCUUACCAUCUUAUGUCAGAAGAAGAGGUAGUAUUCGGUCCAGAAGCUGACUUGGAAGCCAAUGCCCAGUCUCCCAAUGUCAUGGAAGGGCUGACACUUUCUUCAAAUGCAUCAGCUGCAACGCUCAACAAAGGUAUGGAAGAAGGCCAAGCUACUACAAUAGUCAUGCCAUUGUGGAACCGGGGGAUAGAUUGCAGUAGCAGUGAUGCUGAAGAUUCUCAUUUGAAUCAUUCAUUAAAAAAGAAUGACAGUGAGGCUAGGACAAAGUCAUCUUCGACUAUGAACAUUUCUUCAUUGUACCUGCUAUCACAAGUUGAUGGUGGCGUCGGAGAUUUUUCUAGUUCAAUGAAAAAGGGAGAAGAGAGCUGCAAUGAGACAUCAAGAGGCGUUAUUGGUUGUUUAGAAAACAGCAUUAAGGCGAACAACUUAGCUAAAGAAGACAAGGCUGUAUUUGUUGAACAAGUAGAUGAGAUGAAAAUUGGGUUAGAAGCUGUUAAGGAUGACUAUGUGACCAACCCCAAUGAUAGCAAGGAACUGACGUCUGAGAUGGCUGUUAGUGCUACAAAACAGGAUACUAUUGUUUUGUACGAUGGAGAAGAAACUCCUGUUUCUAUCCAUGAGAGGAAGCGGUUUCAGGUAGCACAUGAAGGAAACUUAUGCUCAGAUGCUUUUGGCAGCAUCAGUAAUAAUGCAUCUGAAUGCAUAUCAGUAUCUGACAAAACCAAGUGCUUAAAACAAAGUUCUGUGGAUGCUGCUGAAGGCAGGGACACUGGUGAUGGGAAAAUCAAGAAUAGCAGUGUAAAUCCUUUGAAUGUAGAGGAUAGAGAAAGAGAAAUGUCCGAGACAUCAUGUACCAGAAAUGUUGUAUCAUGCUUUGAUGUUGGAAGUGUCUUCACUGAGGUGUCUGAGCAGUGUGAGCACAACCCAGAAGUUGAUACAGUUGCCGUUGUUGACGAGCAUGAAUUUCACUUGAAACAUGAUGAUAAAAGUGCUGUUUUGAAUAGUACCCCACAGAAGGAUAUUCUAUUCCGAUUGGAAAAGCUAUGUGAUAAUUAUUUUUUUCCAUUAAGUGACCUCACCAGUCCUUCAGGUUCAAGGGCAGUAGAGACACCAAGCAGGGAUUUAACAUGCUUUACUAAUGACAGGAACGUUGAUGUAGAUGAGUAUGACAAGUACUCAUCUGCUAAACAAAAAGAAGGGGCCAACUUUUCAAAUGAGCCUAAGUUACAGCACUUGUUUUCUGGACAUUAUUCAGACACUGUCACCAAGGAUACAUGCAGCAAGGACCAGGAGUCUGAGUGUGCUGCUUGGAAUACAGAAGAUUUGCUUGCUUUGGGCGGUGAAGUAGAAGAACCAGUAUCUGACCCAACCAAGGAUUUAGAGCUUAUUGCUGUUGAGGAUGCCGAAGACAAAGAUGAUGUUGAUGUUAUUCUCCAUGGGUAUAACAACGGUGCAGUAGAAUAUACUGUAUCUGACCCAACCAAAGAUUUGGAGCUUAUGGUUGCUAAGGAUGCUGAAAACACAGAUGAUGAUAUUAAUUUUCAUGGAGAUACCAAUGGUGAGCCUGCAGAGACGUCAAAUAAUGAAAUUGCAACAGUUGGCGGUGACUUGAAAAGUAGCAGCAAUGAAAUAUCUGAGAAUAGUCUGGUUAAAGAGAUGGCUGAUCCUGUGAGUGCGCUCCAACUAAGAGACAAUAAAUCAAGUGCUGAUUUGAAAAUUAACCAUUUCAGUAGUCCGGCAAAGCCAAUGAAAAUUCAAACACCUGAAGUUUUGCUUGCCCAAAAUUCCAGCCAUUUUGCAACACAAGAGAAAUCCAACCUCAAACUCAAUGUUGACAAGUAUACUGCUCAAACAUCCAAUUCCUUAGGUUCAGUUGAAAAGGAAGAAACAGGAUGUACUAAGGAAGCAGAAGAUUUGAGCAUAUGUGGAAAUGAGACUCCGGGAACUACUAUUUACGAAAAGCUUGAUGAAGCUCUUGAACAAGAAUUUUGCCUACAAACUAUGUCUGUUGGUUCAAUCAAGAAGAAUUUUGAGUAUUUUUCUCAAGCAUUAGGAUCUUUUGAGGGAUCAGCAAAAGAAUGUAAAAACAUCCGUGAAAAGGAAAGUUUGAAAAGUAACAAUGAAACUGAUUUUGUUGAAGCUGUAGAAAGAGGAAUUGCCAUGCAAAACAGUUUGGACAUGUCAGAGAAAGGCAAAAGUGAUGUUGGGGAAGAAAUGAUGGAGGUUUGCUCAAUGGUUGAGCUCAACCCAGUACACAAUGUUGGGAAUGGGGAGGAUGCAAGAAGUAGUAACGGAUAUCUUGAAAUGGCUGAAAAAAGUCAUAGCCCAAAGAGAAAGUUUGAGACUUUUUCACUGACGGAUGCAGCUUCAGUGUUGGACAAUGAUGCAGGAACAAUAGCAGUAUCUUGCACUCCUCUUAACAAAACGAGUACCUGUCAUUCUUCUGAUGCUUAUGCGGCAACAAGUAAAACUGCAUCAUACUCUUUGCAAUCAUCACAGAACAAAUGCAACAACUCUCUUCAAAAUGCUUGUGUUAAUGAUAUGGAAGAAUUGCAUUCAGGUGAAACCAUGCUUUGUAAAGAUGAUCAAGAUAAUACAUGUCAAUUACAUUCAGGUGAUACCGUGCUUUGUAAAGAUGAUCAAGAUACUACAGUAAAUUCAAGUGACAUGAUGAAGACUGAUGCAGAGAAUUCAGAUGUCUUGCCGCCCGAAUUGGCAACGCCUGCUAAACUAUCAUCACUAGCUUCGACUACUGAGAUGCAUAAUGGGCCAAAAAGCAUAGCUGGAAAAGAUCUGGGUGAAUAUGUUAGUACAACAGAAGAGUUGCAAGGAAGUUGCUUGUUUGGACAAGAAAUUAUUAAUCAAGAGCAUGUGGAUCAUGUAGCGUUGGAGGUGUCUAUCAAUUCAGAAAGCUCGCCUUGUGGCAUCUAUUUGACAAAUUCUGAUCCAGAGCACAAUGUCCAUAGAGAAAAUAUUAGUCCAGCUCAAGAACUGGAUUCUGCAAAAUUUACAGAAGUUAGAGUUGCUCUAGAUGAUAGAUGUUGCUCAGCGGAUAGAGAGGCUAACAUAAGCUCCCUUACACCGCCAAUGAUUAACACAACAAAUUCAGCAUCUCUGAUUGCUAGGCAUGAAGUCCUUGAAGGCACCAGCAACCAAAAGUUUGUCAAUGCUUAUAAUGUACAUGAGAUGGCACAGGAAGUUCCGAGUACUUUUACACUGCUCAAUCAAGAAAAUGAUGAGGGGUACAGUAGAGGAAAUUCUGACCCAAAUUUAGAAGAAACUGAAGGUAUGAUGUCCAGAAAUGAAUCAUUUGUGUUCACUGAUACAGAAAUUGUUAUGUUCUGGGAUGAGAUAGAAAAAGAAGAGGCCAGCAAGCUGCAAACAGAAGUUUCAGAUGUCACAUUCUCUGUGAACGAGUACGACUCUGCAAUUGUAGAAAAACAUCAGCCUGCUGUUGGAGUUGACAGUGAUCCUGGUGAACAGAAACUUCAGGAAGUUGACGAGAGAGAAGAAAGGGGUGACAGUGCUGAUCAAGUUGGUGAUAAGCAGAACUGCAUAAAUGCCCAGGAAAACGAGAAUUCUAUGAUCAGGAGAAAGAACACCCGAAGCAUACUGAUACAUGGAACUCCCAGAAAGCUGCCCCCUUUCAUGCAUGACAUGAAGGAGAAUGCAGCAGCUCCCAAAAGGCUUCAAAUGGUUGGUGCAACAGCUGUAAAACCCCGAAGGAAGGCGUUGGGAGAUGUCAGGAAGUAGUUUCAGAUUUCCUGCAUGCUAUCAGGGUUUUUAGAGUGUGGCAUGUGGAGGAUGGUAACUUAGCAAGUUAACAACAUAUACACAACCUGUUUGGAUUGGACUUUUGCAUCUCUCAUGCAUAUAAACUAGUUUGUAAAUUGAAGUUAUGUUAGUCAUUUGAUGAAGCAUUACUUGUGAAUGCAAUUGCUUUGUAAUCGUUUGGAAUGGGAUGAAGAACAUACUGGUCAUAUCAUCCUAUGUUAAAACUUGUUGCUGAAUAGUGGUUUCUAGGUUGUAAUUUUUGUUUGCAGAUUUGUAGAUUAACAAAUUUCGAAUUUGAACUUGCGACUUCAGUUUUUUUUUUUCUUUAUUAAAUGUGUAUGAUUUUCGCAUCAAAGCAUAUUAUUAAAAGGAAAGUGCUAUACAUAGCCUUUAGGGCUACAUAUAAGCAUUAAAUUUAUACU